CACCUCACAGCACUGGAAGGCCGUUACAUGACCGGCAGUUAAACAAACGAACAGCUGAUUGCGGCGUGAAAACCAAACGAAAAACAUUAGCUAAAAAAUGUUACAGAAUCUUUCGCUGCUGCUACGCCAUCAAGUGCGACGGCAAUAUGCCAAAACUGCCACAAAAGCCAAGACGAUAGAAAGAGAAUAUAAUAAACCACUUAUCAGCUGCAAACGCACACAAUUCAAUCUGUUGCAACAUGAACGAGCGGACGCGAAGUUUGGAACAGUCCCACUGUGCUCCAAGGGUUGGCUACACAACAAAUCCAAAAACGAUCACUUUACACUAAAUCCUAGCAUUAGCAGCGAACAGCGAAUAGCGGAGAUGCAGAGCUUGAGUGAAUACCUGGCAACAUCGCAAAUCCAACUGCAUCCACAGCUGUUGGAAAAUCUGCAACAGGAGCUGGGCAUAAAGCAACUGACGAGCAUUCAAGCACAAGCUAUUCCCCUUGUGGAUGACAGCUUUCACACGUUAAUUGCCGCUGAGACGGGCUGUGGCAAGACACUCGCCUACCUGUUGCCAAUACUUAAUAAGACGCUUAAGGAGCAUUGCCCAGAGGAAGACAAGCUAAGAUUAAAUACGCCAAGGAUAUUGAUACUGACUCCUGGACGCGAACUGGCAACGCAAAUUGCACAAGUGGCCCAAAAGCUGUGCAAGGAUACACAACUGAAUGUGACCGCGUUGCUGGGUGGGAACACGAAGCAGCUGAUGCUGAAUCCACACUUCGCCAAGGUGGACAUAUUGGUGGCAACAUUGGGUGCCGUCAGCAAGUUGGUUACAACCGGCAUCUAUCACAUGGACCAGGUACGUCAUGUUGUGCUGGACGAGGCAGACACGCUGCUAGACGACUCCUUUACAGAAAAGCUCACAUACUUCUUGAGAAGAUUUCCCUUUCACAAAAAUCAUGUCCAAGAUGCGAAGAUCGUGGGCACACAACUGCUGCUCGCCUCGGCCACCAUGCCCACGAAUACGCGAGAGAUUCUCCAACGUGUCAUCGAUGUGGAAACCAUAAGGGAAGUUGUCAGUCCGCAUUUGCAUCAUCUCAUGCCACAUGUAACGCAAAGGUUUCUGCGCAUGGCCAAGGCAGAUCGGCCAGCCAAUUUGUUGUCUCUGGUCAAACGAGAUCUGGCCAAACGACGUCCACUCAUUGUGUUCAGCAAUAAGUCGGCUACUAGCGACUAUGUCUCCAUAUUCUUGAAUAACAGCGGCGUCAAUUGCCUUAAUUUAAAUGGCGAUAUGUUAAUGAAGAUUCGCAUUGGCCGCUUCGAGGAGUUUCAACGUGGCGAUUGCGAUGUUCUGUCCACAACAGAUGUGGGCAGUCGAGGUCUGGAUACAACGCGUGCACGUCACGUAGUCAACUUUGACUUUCCGCUGCACAUCUCCGAUUAUAUACAUCGCUGCGGUCGCAUUGGUCGCGUAGGCAGCUUGGAUAACUCGCUAGUCACGAACUUCAUUUCAUCCCGCCGUGAAAUCGAUGUGGUGCAGCGCAUAGAGCAUGCAGCGCGCACUGGAGGAUUGCUGCCUGAUGUGAAUGCUAAUAUUAAAAACAUUAUCAACAAGCGCAUCAUGGCUGACAUGAAGGACGCGGGCGUACCAGUGCCCCAAGAGGAGGCCUUCUAGAGUAUAUUGUUAUAAUAAAGUUUUAUCAAUUAA